AUGGCGAUUAGUCGCCCAUGUGAGCCCUUACUACUGGCAGAGCCCGAUGAGAAUGACCCUUUACCUUGCGAUGAUACCUUAUGGAUACAGCAAGAAAAUCCCAUGUGUACCGAGAGUUCUAAAGACUGGGUGAUGCCAAUGGAAAGACAGACCUCAAUUCAAUUGACACUGUUGUCACCUGUGACUUCUCGCAUGGGUGGCUUCCAGCUUCUAGUACAUGCAACAUAUCUUCUAUCAAAGGCCAUCCAGUGCGCGUCUGAACGCCAACAAGGUCUCCAGAUCUCCGACGAAAGAUACGUACAGCUGAUUCGUACUGUGGAAGCCUUGAUGACUGUUCUUGAAAUUGAAAGACAAUCCGCAAUUGUAGCUGUGGGAAUGCCGCGCAAUAUUCUUAAUAGUACUAUCUUCUUGAUUUAUUCGCUCUUACGCGAUGCUGAAAAUCCCCUUGUCGCACAACUUGAGCAUCCACGCGAGCUAUCAGCUACCUUUUAUCUCGAACGCACUCGAGCCUUCCUAGAUGGCAAUCUUGGAGAUGUACGCAUAGCACCACCUUUCAUUUUGCAGUGGGGCUUUCGAGUGAUCCAGUAUUACUCUGAUAAAUACAAACUGGAAGGGCACUAUGAAUCCUUGAAAGCAACUCAGGAUAUCGAGAGAUUUUUUGAAAUAUUUGACCAGAGGUGGAAAAUUGCUGGCCAGCCUAGGAAAGGAAUUGCAAGGACUGUGGUCCUCAGCUGGUAUGGCCUGUAA